AUGGCAGCUAACAACAGGCUGGGAUGCCCCUCUCCCACCUUCUCUGUCUUGCAGGUAAAGCAGAUCAUGGAAGAGGCCGUCACGCGAAAGUUUGUCCAUGAAGACAGCAGCCACACCAUCUCCUUCUGUGCGGCCGUGGAGGCGUGCAUUCUGCAUGGGCUGCGGCGGCGGGCAGCCGGCUUCCUGCGGAGCAACAAGAUUGCAGCUCUCUUCAUGAAGGUGGGCAAGAGCUUCCCACCGGCCGAGGAGCUCAGCCGCAAGGUCCAGGACCUGGAGCAGCUCAUGGAGAGCACGCGGAGUCAGAUCCAAGGCCUCCAGGACACCGCGCGGAAGCUGCCCAAGCUGCCCAGCCUGUCCCCUCUCGCCAUCAAGCACCUGUGGAUCCGCACGGCCCUGUUUGAGAAGGUCCUGGACAAGAUUGUGCACUACCUGGUGGAAAACAGCAGCAAAUACUAUGAGAAGGAUGCUCUUCUGAUGGACCCGGUGGACGGCCCCAUCCUUGCGUCUUUGUUGGUGGGGCCCUGUGCCCUGGAGUACACCAAGAUGAAGACUGCAGACCACUUCUGGACUGACCCCUCAGCCGACGAGCUGGUCCAGAGACACCGCAUCCACAGCUCUCACCUGCGCCAGGACUCACCCACCAAACGGCCCGCCCUCUGCAUCCAGAAGAGGCAUUCGAGUGGCAGCAUGGAUGACAGGCCGUCUCUCUCAGCCCGAGACUACGUGGAGUCCUUGCAUCAGAACUCCCGUGCCACCCUGCUCUACGGCAAGAACAAUGUUCUAGUUCAGCCGAGGGAUGACAUGGAGGCUGUGCCGGGGUACCUGUCCCUGCACCAGACAGCGGAUACUAUGACCUUGAAGUGGACACCCAACCAGCUGAUGAAUGGGUCUGUGGGGGACCUGGACUAUGAAAAGAGCGUCUACUGGGACUACGCCAUGACCAUCCACUUGGAGGAGAUUGUCUAUCUCCACUGCCACCAGCAAGUGGACAGCGGCGGGACAGUGGUGUUGGUCAGCCAGGAUGGGGUCCAGCGGCCGCCAUUCCGCUUCCCCAGGGGCGGGCACCUCCUGCAGUUCCUCUCAUGUCUGGAGAACGGGCUGCUCCCCCAUGGGCAGCUGGACCCCCCACUCUGGUCCCAGCGGGGGAAGGGAAAAGUCUUCCCCAAACUGCGCAAGCGAGGCCCCCAGGGCUCGGCCGAGUCCACAUCAUCGUCAGACAAGGAGGAUGACGAGGCCACGGACUACGUGUUCAGGAUCAUCUAUCCCGGCAUGCAGUCUGAGUUCGUCCCGCAGGACCUGAUGGACGUCUCCGUGAACAACCUGCCCUCACUAUGGCAACCCAGCCCUCGGAAGUCUUCCUGCUCCUCCUGUUGCCAGAGUGGCUUGGCUGAUGGAGGCUCCAAUGGCUGUAACCAUGAGCGAGCUCCCUUGAAGCUCCUCUGUGACAACAUGAAGUACCAGAUCCUCUCCAGAGCCUUCUAUGGAUGGCUGGCCUACUGCAGACACCUGUCUACCGUCAGGACCCACUUGUCCGCCCUGGUCAACCACAGGAUUGUGUCCCCCAACUUGCCCUGCGACGCUGGACAUGGGCUGACGGCAGGAAUCUGGGAGCAAUACCUGAAGGACAGCACAAGCUACGAGGAACAGGAGCUGCUCCGCCUGGUGUACUUCGGAGGCGUCCAGCCCGAGAUCCGAAAGGCCGUGUGGCCCUUCCUCCUGGAACACUACCAGUUUGGGAUGUCGGCCACGGAGAGGAAGGAGGUGGAUGAGCAGGUCCAUGCUUGCUAUGCGCAAACCAUGUCAGAGUGGCUGGGCUGUGAGGCCAUCGUGCGGCAGAGAGAGCGGGAGUCCCAUGCAGCUGCCCUGGCCAAGUGCUCGUCGGGGGCCAGCCUGGACAGCCACUUGCAUGGGAUGCUUCACCGAGACUCCACCGUCAGCAACGAGUCCUCCCAGAGCUGUAGUUCCGGCCGCCAGAAUGUCCGUCUACAGAGUGACUCCAGCAGUAGCACACAGGUGUUUGAGUCUGUGGAUGAGGUGGAACAGGUGGAGGUGGAAGGCAGGUUGGAGGAGAAGCCAACCAAGAUCCCGAAUGGGAGCCUGGUGAACGGCAGGUGCUCCCCUGACUCCGGCCACCCCUCCUCCCACAACUUCUCCUCUGGCCUCUCGGAGCACUCGGAACCCAGCCUGAGCACGGAGGACAGCAUCAUGGAUGCCCAGCGGAAUGCCCCUGCAGCGCUCCGGCCCGGGGACAGCAGCAUGGACAAUGAACAGAGCAGCGAGGCCACCACCUCCCGUGACGAGGUCUCCCGGGAGGCGCUGGCCGUGCAGGACAGCCUGGACUGCGACCUUUUGGCCAACGAGAGCAUGGACGAGUUCAUGUCCAUUACUGGUAGCAUGGACGUGGCCUUGCCUGACAGGGAGGCCAUGGAGAUGGAGGGCUGGGAGCGCAGUGAGGCCCAGCAGUGCAGCCAGGCGGAGGACAGUGAGGACAACCUCUCUGAGGAGCCUGGCAUGGAGAACCUCUUCCCGGCCCUGGCCUCACUGGCCGUGGUCCCGUCAGCCACCCACGAGACGUCCCCUGUGUCAUCCAGCGGUGUCACCUACUCUCCGGAGCUCCUGGACAUGUACACUGUGAACCUACAUCGUAUCGAGAAGGACGUGCAACGGUGUGACCGAAACUACGGGUACUUCACGCCGGCCAACCUGGAGAAGCUGCGCAACAUCAUGUGCAGCUACAUCUGGCAGCACAUUGAAAUUGGCUAUGUCCAGGGCAUGUGUGACCUUCUGGCUCCACUGCUGGUCAUCCUGGAUGAUGAGGCUCUUGCCUUCAGCUGUUUCUCAGAGCUAAUGAAGAGAAUGAACCAGAACUUCCCCCAUGGAGGUGCCAUGGAUACACAUUUUGCCAACAUGAGGUCACUGAUCCAGAUCCUGGACUCGGAGCUCUUUGAGCUGAUGCACCAGAACGGGGACUACACCCACUUCUACUUCUGCUACCGCUGGUUCCUGCUUGACUUCAAGCGAGAACUCAUCUACGAUGACGUCUUCUCCGUUUGGGAGACCAUCUGGGCAGCCAAACACGUCUCAUCUGCCCACUACGUCCUGUUUAUUGCGCUGGCUCUGGUGGAGGUCUACCGAGACAUCAUCUUGGAGAACAACAUGGAUUUCACUGACAUCAUCAAGUUCUUUAAUGAAAUGGCCGAGCGACACAACACCAAACAAGUUCUGAAGCUGGCCCGAGACCUGGUGUACAAGGUGCAGACUCUGAUUGAGAACAAGUAGAGGACACCUUGCCUGGCAGGCUCCGUUCUGUGUCCACCCGCCUGCGCUCUGCUUGGUCUCAUGCUGUCUGGAGGCCAAGGUCCUGGCAUCUCGCUGCUCACCAUGGACUUCCGGGCAACGAGAAGCUUCCCUGUCUUUGGCCUUUGGGCAGGUGGGAGGGGAGACCGGUGUUUGUCCCUUCAGUUCAGCCUUAUAUUCUCCUGUUUGACCAAAGAUCGCCUAGCCUGGGACUUUUCCCUGGCGGGAGUUGAAGAUUGGUGGUGGGUAAGGAAGGCAACUUCCUCCUGUUCUCCAGAGAGGCCUCCCCUUCUCUCUGCCACCGCUCAGGGUGAUCUGUCAGAGGCACCUUGGGGGGCAAGGUCAUUUUGGAAAAUGGCUGUGGAAGAGGUCUAGGAGAGCACAUUGCUACUACAUAUGGGGCCUUCUGGGAUGUUCUGGGAACAUUUUUGAGAAUUUUCCAGAAUGUUGCUAGAAUGCUCUAGAAUGUUUGCUAGAAUGUUCCAGGAAUGUUUAGGAGAAUAUUCUAGAAGGGUUUUGAGAAGGUUCCAGAACGUGGCUGGCUAGAAUGUUUGGAGUGCUGAUAUACUGCCAUGAUAAUCAGACAUGUCUCCAGACGUUUCCAGAUGGUCCCUGGGGCCACGAUCACCCUGAGUUGAAAGCCACUGGCUCAGAGGAGAGGCACCAAUGUCUUUCCUUUCCCACUUUCUGUGUUCUUGAGCCACGCAGUGCCCCAGGGCGCCCCCACACGAGCCUCACAGGGAGCCCCUCACACUUCUUUCUUGGGGUCCUGGAUCCCAAUUCUGUGUAUCUCAUUUUGCCUCCUCUGCCUGCGGGCCGGGGGGAGGGACGGGACCAGGAGAUGCUUUAUUUUGCCUUCUUUUGAAGAAAACUGGUCACGCUUAAGAAGUUUCUGGAGGUGUGAGCUAGUCCAAGCUCCCGCAGGCCCUGCCUGCUACCUGCUUCCCACCACCUACACCUCUGUGUCUCUGCUUCCGCAGACCCAGAGGCCUGACUGGGUGUAUUGGUGAAAGCCAUUUGUUCAGUUGGGGGGAGGGGGGAGGCAGGAUGUUUUCUCAGUGCCCUGCUAACUCAGGACCAAGAAGGCAGAGGUUAGGCUGGGGGAAGCAGUGUGGGGAGUGUUCUUCUUGAAAAGCAUCUCCUGCUGUCGCUGGUUGGGGCCAGGGGAUGGCUAGGUCUCAGCACAGCCCCCUCCACAUCUCACACACAGGCUCAGCGAUCCCUGAACAGACCAGAGAUUAUCGAGUGAAUCCUCUCCUCCAAUUCCAGGCUUCUGGUCAGCGCUUGUAUCUGGAGAGCCCACAAAGAAUUGGGGGACAC